GAUAUCACCAACAUGUCUACCAAUGGAUCACCGCCGGGAAAUGAUGACGGCAAGCACAGGAACCCUCGCGUAAUGAUGUGGUGCGUGUCGCGGUCCGUAUCGACGGCAAUGACGAAAUGUAUGAGCUUCGUCGAGGGAGCCGAAGUCUGGCUCGAGCCGUAUUACACCAGCAAGGCCGCCGACGACACCCACCACAUGCACCACCCCGACAGCAGCUUCCCAUUGGAGCUGGAGGGCAACGAGGACUCGUUCAGAGAAACUGCGAUAAACUUGGCGCUUGGAGGAGAUGAUUUCGAUCGGGAUCACCUCGACCUGUUAUCGCCGGUGUCAUUAAAACGCAUAUUCGAUAAUUUGGAUCCCGCUAAAAAGUUUGUUUUCAUCAAAGACUUGGCGUUGGGGAUGCCACCGAGUCGCUUUCCGUACCUACCCGACCGAUCAAGUGGUAUUAAGCACUUCUUCCUCAUCAGACAUCCCGUCAAAGCCUACAAGUCGUUGCGCAAAUGUCUGCUCAAUUUCAUACUCCCCUCUGAUCCUGCAUCUGAAGAUGUGGGAAUUAAAAUGCCCGAUGAGAAGACUUUCCAUAUCAUCAAGGACAUACCUUCGCCGCGGGAAGGAACGCUGUACAACUACCAGGCCAUUCACGAGCUCUGGAGCCACAUCAGGAAGACGGUGGAUAAGGACCCGGUGAUUGUAGACAUCGAUGAGGUCCUGGAGAACCCGUCGGCGAUGAUGCCGCGAUUGUGCAACGCGUUGGCGAUCCCGUACUCUAAGAGUCUGCUGUCGUGGGACGCAUCGUCCGACGUCGUCCUGAAGUGGAAGAGCUCGUGUUCGAACGUCCGUGAUUCUCCCAGGUACGCCAUGUGGUUCACCAAUGCCUUCAAGAGCUCCUGUUUCAAAGCUUCAUCGACCACGGCAUCCCUCGAUGACGCCACUGAUGAUAUCAAGGAGGUUGUCGAAAAAGAAAUGCCUUUCUAUGAGGAGAUGUAUAAUCUAAGAUUAACCAUUUAACGACGUUUUCCAAUUGUAUCCCAGCUUGCAAGACCUAUGUCAGGACAACUACACCACUUGGACCCGACCCAGAUAAUCUACCUCGGACAUAUACCUCCCGGAUAACUUGGUAACUCAUAGAGAUCCUGUGUUAGAAGGAUCUCUAUGGCAUAAUAGUUCCUUCAAAUACAGGUCCGGAUACAGGUGUAUACAUAUUCACGUGUCACAACUAUAUCUCUCAGUAUGCUAUGCGAUAACUAAAUAUCUCCCUCUAUAGAGAACAACAUCAGAGUUAUCAGUUUGUUAAAAGUCCAAUAAAACCUUAUCUGGGGAUGUUUUCCAAGAUCAGACUUUGUCCGAUUGGUCCUCAACAACAUAAAUCGAAAUGCAAAUCAUAUCAAGCUGAUCUAUAUAAUUAUAUGUUAUAUCACAAAAUGAUAAUAUCUGGUAAAAUAUUUGGUGAACACCCCUCCCCCCCCCCCCCAACAAAAAGAAGAUUAUUCAAUACAAACAUACUUACUCUGUAACUUCUCACGUUUAUUUUAAUCGUUAAGAAGACCUUCCCACACUUUGCAAAAUUCAAUGAACAGAACGAAUCAAUAAUGCCAAUGACUUUUAGUAAUAUUUUAGUACUGUGAAAUCCAUUCAUACGCAUAACACCCGGAAAAAUAAACAUCUCCGUCCACCCCUUUAAAAAAGUAUGCAUAUAAUUAUCUUAAAAUUCCAUUACAGUGAAUGGUUCAAAGCUGUGGAACAAUUUACCGUCCUACUUCUCUGAACACUUUAACAAAACCCUUAAAAACAUAAUUUAGAAGCUCAUAAGUAAAAAUUGGAUCGUAAUCUAUUAUUAGGGCAUGCGGGUUCGUGCAGGUUUAAAACAAAAAGUAAAUGCUUUGUAGUAAUCUCGUGCUUGUUUUCAUGGAGCCACCGUCUUUUCGUCUAUCUUCUUUGUCUUCUUUUCUCUCAUUAUUUAUUCUUAUCUACACUCCUUUCCCCCUUUCUCUCUACCCCUCUCUUUCUCACUCUCUCUCUCUCUCUCUCUCUCUCUCUCUCUUCUGUACUUAGUCAACCGAAUUUCUCUGUUUUUUAAAACCUUAUAGAGUUAUAACUUUUCCACUUUUCAGUAUGUUAAUGCUCAAACCUUAUUUGUGUUCCUUUUUUUUAUUUACAACUGUACUAUCAUCUAUUUUCUACGUGGGAUAUACCUUUCCCAAAGGCCUCUAGGCCUUUUUAGGUGUGCCUCGCAAAACAUUUCUACUGUAAAACACAACAUUUUAUUUAAUCCCAGAUAUAUUUUACCAAUAUUUGUAUGUAUUACUUUAUUGUUUUACGCAUUAAAAAAUGUUUCUACGGUAAUCAUAGUUUUGGGAAUAAAGACAAAAUGAAAUAUAAACUAAAACAAUUAAAUAUUGGACAAACGGUGCGCAUAGUAUAAAAAUGUUAAUCCAUACAAUAAUUACAAUACCAUUUAAAUUUCUUAAUUAAUAUAUAUAGAGAGAGAGAGCAGAAAGUAUGA